AUGGGCUGCUUUAACACUCAUGCUACGGGCACUCUGGACCCCCCAGAAGUGCGCAAUAUUCGUAUCCAUGUCAUCGCACUAAUCGCUUCCAUGUCGGCCCUUGCCAUGGGGUACGAUACUGCUGUUAUUGGCGGAACUAUGGCAUUGAACUCGUUCAUCCGCGAUUUCAAAAUGGAUGGCAUGGCCAAAACUGUGCGCGACACCACCCAAGGCAACAUUGUGUCUACUUUCCAGGCUGGCUGCUUCUUCGGUGCGCUUUUCGCUUUUCCCGCCGCCGAGAAACUUGGUCGGAAGAAGACCAUGAUCAUUGCAUCCGCGAUCUUCCUUCUGGGCGGCACACUCAUGACUGCAUCACGGGGUUCUCUCGACAUGAUUUACGGAGGACGCGCAGUUGCCGGGCUUGGCAUCGGAGCAUCCUCCAUGGUCGUUCCAGUCUAUAUUUCCGAAACAGCUCCGCCGUCUAUCAGAGGUCGACUUGUGGGCAUCUUUGAGAUUGCUUCGCAAGGCGGCGGAAUGCUCGGCUUCUGGAUCAACUACGCCUGCGAUCGCACCAUCGACGUGAAUCGACAAGCACAGUGGAUUGUGCCUCUAGCGAUUCAGCUCAUUCCUGGCUUGCUCCUCCUCCUUGGCGUUACAUGGUGUCCCGAAUCACCUCGGUGGAAAGCACGUGGAGAUGAUUUUGAAGCUGCAGAACGAAUCCUGACCAAAAUCCGUGGCCUUGAUGCGAACCAUGCCUAUAUUCAGCACGAAAUGGCCGAGAUCCGCGCUCAGGUCGAAGAGCGUAGUACCAACAAGCUCAGCAAGAUGGCUCAGUUUAUGAAACUAUCCCAGAAGGGUGUGCGCAAUCGUAUGGCGAUUGGACUUGCGCUCAUGUUCUUGCAGUCUUUCACUGGUGUUAACAUCAUCACUUACUAUGCGCCCCGCAUUUUCGAAACUCUCGGUAUCACUGGCACUUCUACCAAGCUCUUCUCCACUGGUUUCUACGGCAUUGCAAAGACAUUGGGUAUGUUCACAUUCACCUUUAUUGUUGUCGAACGAGUUGGUCGCCGCAAAGGCCUUGUAUUGGGUGCUGCUCUGGGCUGCAUCCCCAUGUGGUACAUUGGAGGCUACGUUAUGAAGAACGAUCCAGCUGGUGCCGCCUUGCGAGGAGCCGUUAACCGCGAUGGUUGGGGCUAUCUUGCCAUGGUCUGUGUCUAUGUCAAUGCCUUCAUCAUCUGCGCAACAUGGCAAGAGCCGUGUGGGCCCAAUUACGCGGAAGACCCAUACUAUCAGAAGAACAAGUCGUCGCAAGAACGAAAGGCAUAG